CAUUAGUGUGAUGGUCAGUGGAAAAAAAACGUCCCUUACAUGGGGGGGUCGGGGGGAAGAAUGCGGGAAGAACCCCCUACAUUGGGGGGUCGGCGGGGUCCCCUACAUUGGGGGGUCGGCGGGAAGAAUGCCCCCUACAUUGGGGGGUCGGCGGGAAGCAUCGGGCCCUUACAUCGGGGGUCGGCGGGAAGAACGCCCCUUACAUCGGGGGUCAGCGGGAAGAAUGCCCCUUACAUCGGGGGUCAGCGGGAAGAACGCCCCUUACAUUGGGGGUCAGCGGGAAGAAUGCCCCUUACAUUGGUGGUCAGUGGGAAGAAUGCCCCUUACAUUGGGGGUCAGCGGGAAGAAUGCCCCUUACAUUGGGGUCAGCAGCGGGAAGAAUGCCCCUUACAUUGGUGGUCAGUGGGAAGACUGCUACUUACACUCGUGGUCAAAAAGGGAAGAAUUAACCCCUUACAGAUAGUUAAAAACAUCAAUGGUGUCAGUGGGAA